AUGAAGGAGGAAAAAUAUGACGAAGAAGAAGUCCCUGUCAACAAGAAGAAUCUAAGCCUUGUCCGGAAGUUUGAGCAAUUCCCAAACCUCAAGGCUGUAACUCUGCGAUUCUCGCCCAACUGCUCCUCUGAGGACAACAUAUACCACAGCUAUCCCGAAUCAGUCAACUUCCGACAGCAUAUGCUCAGAGAGUUUGUAACAACGUUGGCAAAGACAUCAAUAACCGACGUUUCCAUACUCAACCUCCAAAACGUCAACGACGAGGCGCUUCUGGCGUCGGAGGACUUCCAAUCCACCAUAUCGCGCCUAACGUCCCUAACCCUCCAAAUCUGCACAGAAGAGGACGACGCCGCCCCCGAAUGCACCAUCGAGAUACCAGAACUCCACACCUUCUUCCCCGCCCUCCCCCGCACCUGGCUGCGCCCCGUCUCCUCCUCCUCCUCCACAACCCUCACCCGCCUCGCCCUCUACAGCGACCACUACUUCGGCUGGCUCCCACACGUCGACCUGCCCUCCCUCCUCUUCCCCGCCCUCACCUCCCUCGCUCUCGGCCGCUAUACCCUCGCCUCCCCCGCAUCCUUCCUCGCCUGGCUGACCCGCCACGCCGCGACGCUGCGCCACCUGACCCUGCACGACUGCCCCAUCCUCGUCACGCGCGUCGUCCGCGCGCCGCUGCGGCUAGGCGCCGACGGCGCGUCGGUCAGCAUGACGCUGCCGCGCGUGGGCGGGACGGGCCGCGGUAUGCCGCCGGCGCUGGUGGUGCAGCAUGAGGGGGUGCGGUGGGGGGACGUGUUUGGGCGGCUGGGGGAGAUGACUGGGUUGAGAGAGGUGCGGGUGAGUAGUGUGGGGUGGCGGCACGGGGCAAGGGCGGCGGCGAGGGAGGUGGUGGAGAAUUUGCGGAUCGAGUUGUCGGCGGGGCGGUAUGCGUGGUUUGAUGGCGGGGGGUAUCGGCGGAUGUAUAUGUGGGGAGGGGAGACGAGGGCGCGGUUGAGUGAGGAGGGUGGGGAGGAGUGGAGGGGGUUUGUGGGGAGGUGUGGGGCGGGGAUGGAUCGGGGGCAGGAUGUGGAGGAUGUCGAGGCGUUAAGGGUGUUGCUGCAGAGGCUGGGGAUGAGGGAGGGGAGGGCGGAGCCGGUGUAUUUGGAUCGGUGGGGGGAUGGGAAGGAGACGGUUGUGCGGUUUGGGGGUUGA